CCCCUGCAUGACUAGAUUCUGUACAGCCUGCAAUGUUUUCAACAUUACACACCACAUAAGCUGUAUGAACCUGCCCAAAGUACCUUUCGCCUCUAACGAAAAUCUCCGCGACCGAUGCGAAACAAUCUACGAAGCGAAAAGCGUACACGACCGACACGGCCGCCGCCGGCGGGCAGACGAUGAAUCCUACACAGCACGAUGCGGCGUCCACAGCUUCGCACCCGCAGCAACCCUAUGCUGAAAAUGUCGAGCGGUCGCACGCCAUUCCGCGGGAGCGCGCAGCAUCUCCAGCGAGCUCGAUAGCCUCACUGCCAUAUAGGCGGGCAAAUGCCUCCAUUUCGAAUCUUUUCGCCUCAACCUCUUCUCUACCAGGCUCCGGGCGUAGCUCUGGGUCUAACACGCCUACCGCGCUAGCGUCUUCGGUGUUCUCGCCUGGAGGCGGAACCGCUAAUGGAGCUUUUUCGCCCAGUACAUUUGUUGCGCCAACACAAGGGCGGGCGGACGAACCCCGGAAUCUAAUACUGAAGGCGUUCGUGCCCCAUGUUGGCGUGCUGGCCAGCCCGGACACGGAGGAUAUUCUCUUGGAGAAGGGAUUCAAGGGUGGGUUCUUGGAACUGCUUAGACCGUUUGGAGAAAAGAUAGGGGGCAAAGUUACCAUUCGCAAUAGUGUGGGCGCAAGCACGACUUGGGACGAUUAUGGAAUUCGAUUCACUGGUAUUAAAGAUGGCCUGGGCUUUCCACCUCGUAGGAUCAGCCAGGAAUUCAAGAAUGCAAAUGCACGACUCAGUGGGACUAAAGAAAGCCCGACUUUUGGCCCAAGUAAGCUUGGAGGUGAUGUAGCGGUCAUUGAGGAGCUGGUGGAUAGGCAUUUGCAAUGGGCUGAACUUGUCGGCCCGUCAGCAACCUCCGUCGACUACAUGAAUCAUCAAGCCAUGGACGAGAAUGCUACACCGAAGGUAGGCGCAAAACCUUGCGGUGAGAGCCUCUCUCCCUUCUACACCCUCUACUUUAGGAGACUGCUGUCAGGCUUGCCGAUGACGCCGCACGAGACUUUUUCGCAUCCGGUCGCCUGUGUUAUCGUGAUCAGUAGCCGGAAUCCAAAUCCCAUUGGCGAGUUGAAAGAGCUUUAUCAGAGCACGAAUUCUGGAGAUGACCGCUUACCGCAGUGGGUGAACAACGAGUACUUGAGGUAUUAUGUGCUGGUGCACGAUGAGGACAGAGAUGAUAUCGCAAAGAGCACCUCACUUUACGAACAGAUGCGACGGAGCUUUGGACUACACUGUCACCUACUGAGGUUGAGAAGCACGCAAUGCUUGCCUUCAGAUGAUGACAGCGUCCGGUUGCCAACGUGCGAGUGGUUAUCCGCAGGCGAAGAGUUGGCAGAAAUACAAUAUCGAGAGACGGCUGAUGACGAUGAAGACCAUACCCCAUACCUCUUUGAAUCAGAUGUCACGGCUAUUCGAACAUUAAUCCGCGAACUGGUUGCACAAUCCAUCAUUCCCAGCAUGGAACGUUCUUGUGCACAGUGGAACGAUCAAGUCGCCGCCCGACGGCGAGGUAUAGGUGGCCGUCUCAUGUCAUUAAGCAAACGAUUUGCUUUUGGCAGCGGAAGUCGCAACUCUUCAUCUCCAGUACAGAACGCAAACAGUAACUACGAUUCCUUGCAAGGCUUUUAUCGACCGGACGCUCCUGAAGCGGUGAUGCGGAAGUUAGCUGACUACGCUUUCAUGUUACGCGACUUCAAGCUCGCACAUAGCACAUAUGAUCUGUUAAGAUCGGAUUUUGACAAUGACAAGGCGUGGAAACACUAUGCAGGAGCUAAUGAAAUGGCUGCUGUGUCCGCCCUUCUCAGUGCCCAAGCAAUCACAAGCAAAUUCCGCUCCGAAACACUAGACCGCAUGCUCGAAUCAGCAACGCACUCUUACAUUCAUCGUUCGAUGACACCAUAUUAUGCUCUCCGCAGCUUGAUGAUGUCACUUGAGCUCCUCAAACUUCGGGGCUCUAGUGCAGUUGACGACGCAGCUCGCUGGGGUUCUCGUGCACUCGAAGCUGGACUUGUUGGAGACGUUGGCCAGGCCCUCUUGAAAGAGCGAAUUGGCGUCUGCUAUGCCAGCAGGCAAGGCAUUGGGAGCAUGGCUUGGGGCCGGCGGCGACGGAAAGCCGGUUUGUGGACUGUUCUUGCUGCGGAUAAUUUCAUGAGGCUGGGGAAGACAGUUCAGGCUGAGAAAUGUCUUUCUGAAGCGAAAAGAUUAUAUGGCCUUGAUGACGAGAAGAUGGUGGGAAACUUGGCAUUUGGCGGCAUGGGUGAGCUGCUUAGUCAAUUAGGAGAAGCCAUCGUAGCUGCAAGGCUAGCUGCCAAAGGCCAAAACGACGAGGAUCAGCUAGACCAGGACUUUUUUGAAGCGGAGAAAGAUACGAUCGUAGAGGUGGUGAGUGAGUCGUUGGAUGGACGGGCGCAUCGACGAAGUAUUGUUGGUGCUGUAGUGCCUGGGCUGGAUCCUUUAGGCGUCAUGACAGAGCCGCUCAGUCCCGUAAGACUGAGAGCAAAGAGCGCGUCGCAGACUGACGAUGGGUUUUCGUGACGUGUAAGGCAUUCGAAGACAGGAAAGUGACAGCUUUGUGUGUUUUCUUAGCGUGGCGUUUCUGGCCAUAUAGUGCGGGUAACAUGCAUGGGAUGGAGCCGACAUACGCGGCUUGCGAUUUCGCAAUAGACAACUAUUUGCUACAA